AUGGCGGAUCCUUUCAAAGGCGCUGUUAUCUUGCUUCCUGAUGGCCGCGUCGUUCGUGCGAGAGACCUCGCCCCAGCCAACAUUGGUCCCGCUGUCCUUCACGACGAGGCGCUGAAAAAUGCUCUCAGACAACUCAGAACUCCCCUGCCAGACGGUCCACGCAAUUCACCAUCCAACAUCGUCACCUCCGGCCCAUCCAGCCAGGCGGAGAAUCUCAUAAAUCAGACUUCUACUACUGGGAACGAAAGAGGGGCCAACGCAGAUCCGAGUAGCAAUGCCAACACACGCACCACCACACAUCAGAGCACCUCACGCAGACCGUCCGGAAGACCUCACACCCUCGUGUGUGUGCAUUGCAACAAAAGCUUCUCCAGGAACGACACAGUCAGGCUUCACCUGAUCAAUGCGCAUUAUAAGAAGGACACACCUGGCAUCACCAAUGAGGAAGCGCAGGCUAAGUCCAGACAAGAGGCACCAUGA